CUGUGGCCACCCCAGCUGUCAGCCAUGGCCGCACUUGCUCUGAGCCUCCUGUGGGUCCUAACUGUGUUGGCGGCGUCUGCCCCGAUGGGCCCCACAGGUGACCGGGAGCCAGCACGGUAUGAGGAGCUGACCCUGCUCCUCCACGGGGCUCUACAGCUGAGCCAGGCCUUCAAUACCAUAUACAGUUCCACCGAGGAACAGCUGACAGAGGCCACGCAUAACCUGGGCCUCUUAGGCCGGGUACUAGAGCUCCUGGGACUACAAAUCAGCCAAGGCCGGAAUGUGACUCAGGAGCUCCGCACAAACUUAUUGGAGAUACAGAUGGACGGGGAUGCUCUGAAGCUGCAGGCAGAGGCCACAGCCCGGGGGCUGGCGGAGGUAGUCCGGGCACAGCAGGGGCUGCAGGACAGUGUGCAACGGCUGCAGGCCCAGCUCAAGGGCAGCUGGCGGGGCAAUGCACGGCAUGAGCUGGACGCUUUAAAGGCUCACACUGACAAGCAGAGCCACCUCAUAUGGAUCCUCAUGGGCCACAUGCAGCGACAGAGGCAGGAGAUGGCCGCGCAGCAAAAAUGGCUGCGACAGAUCCAGCAGCGAUUGCACACAGUGGCACGCCCGGCCUGAGCCUGCUGGAGUGGACCCGAGGAUCAGCCACACAGCGAGGGACCAGUCCACACGCGUGCAGUCCCGUGCAGGCGGAGCUGCCUGUCUGCUGGGGCCAGCCAGGGUGGCCCCCAGUUCUGGGCAGAGUGGAGGCAGAAGCCAGCAGGACACAGGCAGAGGACGUGGCCGUGAGGAGGGAGGACGCGGGCUCCCUCGUACCUCACUAAAGCAGAGC